AGGCAUCAAUUCGAAGUUUUAACAACAAAUUCAAGGUUUAUGAUUCUUGGUUCUUCACAUAUGUUAAACACAAAACUCAAUCAAAUGACCGUUUAUGAACGUAGAAACGAUCUAUAUGAACAUUCUAGUCACUAGAUAUAUCUACGGGCUUACUUCGAAGUAAAACAAUGAUUCCGGCGGAAAAAUGGCGAAACUUCCGGCGAACACCAUGGCUUGCUCCGGCGACGGGAAGCUCUCCGGACAGCUUCUCUCAACUCUCUAAACUCUCCUCUAACUAAUGGGAUGAUUUUGGUGUGGAGAUGAUGAAGAAUGAAUUGCUCUAUAUAUAAGCCUGGGAGAGGGAGUUGCGUAGAUAGCCUGUGAUUUCCUUCGAUUAAGAGAGAUCUAUUCCACAAAUGAGACGCAGUGCAAGGCUUGCAAUGGCUACUAAUGAUGCAUUGCGUGGUCCAGAACAACCAUUGACAGAGGAUGAUGCGCUGGAUGAACUUCCUCUUAGUAAACGGAUGGAGAAGGUUCAGGACGCACAAAAGGCGGAGAAAGCUGGUUUACUUGAUGGCAGGAUUAAUACAUAUUGCAACGUUAACGAGGUGGCUAGACAGAUUAGAGGGAUACUAACUCCGGAGGAAGUUAAUCGUUUUAGGGCUUCUGCUUUCGGUGUUCUGUUGGAUGUUUUGGACUGCCCAUGGAUAAGUGGUCAAUUGCUCAUUCAUUUGUUUGGGAAUUGUGUGAGGAGUGCUGAUGGGGCGGGCAUGAAAGACGUGUUGAAGUUUAGAAUACUUGGGAACGAAGUGGUGUUGACAAAAGCCCAAUUCCAUUUGAUUACGGGCUUAAAGAUGGGGGGAAUGAGAGGCAGUAUGGAAAAUGGUUUGUCGGGUAGAUUCGCGUCGCGUUAUUUUCGAUCCAGUAAAUCUGUUAAGCGGAGGGAAAUCAGCAAUGCAUUCCUAAGCUUUAGACGUGAUGCGGAUGGGUCAAUGCCAAUUGACGCCCUUAAUAUGUAUUUGUUCUACCCGUGGGGGGAUGACGUCUGGAGGGAGUUGGUGGAUCAUGUGUACAGGUGUGCAGUGUGCAUUGAAAAGGGGGGUAGUACUAGGCCUACAUUCGGAGGAUUCAUGUUUGCUCUUCAGGUGUGGGCGUUUGAGACAUUUCCAGCCCUUGCGGAAGAUGGGAUGUGUGUGGUGGACCCUGACAGGGUAAAUGCAAUACCUCGGUGUCUAAAAUGGAAGGUCUGUUCGAAGUUGAAGUCUGCAAAAGUGUCUGACGCACUUCUUAAGUAUGGAAAGCUUGAAUGGGCUGUGGUUGAGCCAGCGGAUGGGGAGAUGUUGCUGGGCAGUGUUAGGGAGCUUUUUAGGUGUUAUGCCACUUCUUCAGCGAAGGGGAAAGGGAAGUUGUCUCUAAGUGAUUCGAAGAGGGCUCGGAAUGUGAAGGAAAAACAAGUUAAUAUAAGGGAAGCGUUGGGGAAGAUGAAAGUUGGUGGGAUGGCAUCUGGUGCUGGGAAGAGGGAAGAGAGGCGCAGUGUGAAAUUGAAUAGAAAUUAUGUGGGGCGAAGAGGACAGGUGCAGUGUGUGGCAGGUAAGGGGUGUGAUCACCUGAGCUUAGUGAAGGAAAUUGCAGAUAUAAAGGAGAAGCAAGUUGCACAGGACAGAAAACUGGAUGAAAUUUUGGGUAUUCUCCGAUUAAAAUCUCCAUCUGUUGAAGUUAGGUCGGCAUCAGGGAAAGCGUCGUUAAUGGGGGGCAAUGAGGAAGUUAAAGAGCAGAUGGAUGAUCGUAAUGGCGAUGGAAAUGCAGAGCCCAAAGUGGAAUGCGCAAAUGAUGUCGAGAUGUGUUUUGACGCCGGGGGGCCAUCCUUCGAUCUUUUAACUCCAAUGCCGAAAGGUGAAGGCGCCGGAGACGACAAUCCAAAUCCCAACAGUGGUAGUGUGUCGGUGACAAAUGCCUCGGGUUAUGAAAAGGAAGGGAAGUGUGUUGAGAUCCCUUUCACUGAGACGCGGUAUGAUACUCAAUACCUCGAGCUUAUAGACGGGCAAACCGAACUGAUGCUAAAUUCGUUACAGAAUGCCAAAAGUGUUGUGGGUCAGGAUGUGGAUGAUGUGAAAUGCAAUGUGGGUGAAGAUGGUGCGGGGGUUGACUUGAAAUGUGAAAACCCCACAGAGCAAAAUGGUGUGGGUGAACCAGUGUCCGCUGAGGCUGCUGUUGGGGGGUAUGCGGGUUCGAACAAGGGUAAAAUGGGGCAGCAUAGCGAUGAAUGCAGACAGAGAGUUAACAUGGGUGACGAUGAUUUUGAGAGAAUAUUCACUAGCAGCAAUGUGGCCAGCGGGGAGCAGGGAGUGAGAGGUGUUCAUGGUUCUGUUGUGGCGUUCACUACCGGGUCAUAUUCAAAUAGUGCGUGUGUGGAUAUUGAACGACCUAAAAGGGUUCAUAAGAAUCCUGAUAGAUAUACUCCCUCAGAGGCUGAGCAAGAUAAGAAGAAGCGCAAGAUUGAGCGGAUGGAGCGUGCUAGGGAGCGCCUUACAUGUGAUGGGGGGGCAGUGUGCUUUGGGCCAUUUUCCGAAGACCCAAAGCAGAUGCCUGCGGAUGAAGAAAUAGAGAAGGUUAGGGUAUUUUUGAAGGAGGGCAUCCUGAAACGACAAGGCAGGGGGGACAAGUCAUGCAGGUAUACAAGUAAGGUGGAGAACAUGACGAACAAUCCCAUUGUCCUGGAUGGCUUUAAUGUGGAGAACAAGACAUGGAUAUAUGAGCUGUUUACAAACACUGAGUGGUUACGCAGCACGCAUGUUGAGAUAGCAAUGUAUUUCCUUGAAGUGAAGGGCAGACAGUACAAUCACCUGCAGAUGUACACGACAACGAGUCCGUAUUUCUUACAGGGGUUGCAUAACCACCAAGAAUUGAUUAAUGUUGGUCGGGCGAAGAAGGAGGACGUCAUCAAUAAUCUGAACCUAACUAGCGAGGUCAAGGGAUUGGCGCGCGAAUAUGCCAGGCCAUGGUCUGAGUGUGAUUUCGUGUAUAUGCCCCUGAAUACCGGCGACCACUGGCUCUUACUUGUCUUGGAAGUGGAAGGAAGGACUAUACGGGUGUACGAUUCCAAAGGAAAGAAGGGAAAGAUUUGCAGGGCUUUAAAUACGUAUGUGCAAUGUAUUACAGAAUUGCUUCCGGUCCUCCUUGAUAUGUUGAAUGUGUACGACGAGCACUCUGAUGGGCCGAUGGGCAAACGAAAGUUCUGUAUCAAGGCAGUUGAUGGUUGUCCGCAACAAAAUGACGGGUGUAACUGUGGAAUGUUUAUGCUGAAAUUUUCGGAGUACCUGAUGAUGGACAGGGACAUCAUUGAGGUGCAUUCACGCGACAUGGAGGCAUAUCGGGUUAAAAUAACUACGGAGCUCAUGGUUUACAGAGGGCGCUUGCUGCAUGAUGGGGGCCUGCAAGGUAUUGAUUGGACGCCGGACGGGAUGUCCCACGAAGACUUGUCACCUAAUGGGUGCACAAUACCGCUAAUGGCAAUGUGUGUGUUGUGCUUUGAGAUUGAGCUGGUUUGCCACGUUUGCUUGGGAGUGGACGCCAUUGAAAGUGGAGUGUUGGCCAUUUCACAUACUGAAUCAGGAGCUGAGGAGGGGUUGGGUAAAGCACUGGGAGGACUAGCUGUGGCACUAGGUAAAAACUCGAUGCAUAAUGGGAGGCUCUCACUUCUCUCUUCCAUGGCGAAGAAGAAAGGGAGACCAAAGAAAAACGUGGAACCAAAUACUGCAAUAGCAAUUGAUUUCUCUGGCAGUUCAAUGAAUACACCAAAGGGAGGAGAUUCAUCAUCGAAGGUAGGGAAAGAGACACCAGCAAGCCAUAGAUCUCAUGCACAACAGGACCCCGAUCUGAAGAAAAUGGAAGAACAAGCAACUGAAAACCAGCGGAAAACCUACGCUGAUGUUUUGAGACCUGAUGAGGUACAAACAGAUCUCUCCUUUUAUCAAUUUGAGGAAAUAAAUGGACAAAAGGUAGCCAGACUUACUGAAGAUGACGAAAUUAAUGUUGAGGGACUCUGGGAUCAAGCUGUUAUAUGUUAUAUUCUGGGUGCAAACCCCCCACUUGAAGUUGUAAAGGGGUUUAUAACAAGAAUUUGGAAGGAAUAUGUAGUGGAAGAUGUUAGUUUCCACAAGGAAGGGCAAUACAUAGUCCAAUUUCAAAGAGCAGAAGAAAGAGAUGAGGUCAUUAAGAGGAAGUACUACUAUUUUGAUAACAAGCCCAUGUUAGUGCAGAGAUGGAAACCUGGAAUGAAUUUAAACAUAUUGGAAUUGAAUGAUAUUCCUAUUUGGGUACAACUACCUAACCUGGACAUGAGAUACUGGUGUUUGUCAGCAUUGGGUAAAUUGGGGAGCAUUUUGGAGCUGAGAAACGUAUCAAAUGGGAUAAGGCAACAACAACUAAAGCCAAAUGGAAUAUAUUAUGCCAGACUGAUGAGGAGAAAGCAUUGGAGAAAUCUGAUGGAGAACCUGAAUUUCAGAUUGUUACUGGUAAGAAGGUUGCAAGGAAAAUCACAAUAGAUGAGCUAAGAAUGGAAGGAGGCUCUUGGAAGGAUGCUCCUUAUGAAGGACACUACCCUUUCCUCGAAUGAUAAACUAGUGUUUGCACACUAGUGUUUACUUAUGACUCAUAGGCUACUCGAAAUGUUGGAUAGGAAGAUAUGCAUUGUAAAAGGAAAAAAAAUACACAGCGGCCUCCAUUACUUGAAAGAAGCAUGAUAUGAUAGCAUCUUCCGUUCAUAAAAGUAGUUGGAUUAG